AUGUCGCUGGAAAGAGGGAUAGAAGACUUGAAAGCUUUGAACGAAGAAAAGAAUGUGGAUGAUUCCGAUUCCGAGAGUAAUUUGGUUCCAUUGUUCACAGAAGAUGAAAAAAAUGAAAGUAAUGUUUGUCGUGCUGGAUCGGUUAACGUUCUACAUUUUCAGAAUUCUGCUGAAGCAACACUGUAUAAUUUCAGGAAGGAAUGGAAGUCAGAAUUAGAUUCUCGAUUGAAGGAAUCGAGUUCGAUGUCAAUGGAAAGCAGGAAAGAACAAUCGUUGCACGAUGCUGCAACAAAGUUGUUCUUGGAAGGUGUAGACUGCGAGAGACGAGGCGAUAUGUGGGAAGCAGUCCAAAGGUACAUGGGCGCUGUACGUAUGGUUCCCGAUAUUGAAUCGAAAUUGUACAAAGAUCGUAGUUUAUCGAACUCAAUAGGGUCCAGUGAUUGCCAGCGUUCUCGUUCAAGAUCUCAUUAUGGUUUUCAUGAUUUAGAAAAGAUUCUGCAUAAACGACUGGUUGACGGGGGGAGAUUUUUCGAACCAGAAUUUCCGGAUGAACCUUGUCCAAUUGCGCUUUUACCUGUGGAAUUACUUUCCAUACUGAUACGGUACGUUGUCGGGAGCGAGCUUGACGUGUAUUGUCUAGAAUUGCUGUCGAUGACUUCAGCUGGAUUUUAUCUUCUUGCGCGUGACAGAGAACUGUGGCAUGCAAUAUGUCGUCUAACUUUUGGCACGAAGUAUUUUAACUCGGUUUCAUGCACCACAUCAUUGAGUUGGCGUCAGAUGUAUAUAACAUAUCCACAUCCUUAUCUGCACGGAGUUUAUAUUGGGAAAAUGACAUAUCUUCGCAAUGGAGAAGCAUCUUUUCAAGAUCAGUUUUACAGACCGUGGCAUAUAGUCAUCUAUUAUCGGAUGAUGAGAUUUUUUGCAGAUGGUACAGUUAUUAUGGUUAUCACAUCUGAAGUGCCAGCACAAGUUGUGGGACUUUUGAAAUCAAAAACCCCUCGCUUAGCUGGAGUUCUUUUUGGUCAUUACUGGAUGGUGAGUCAAGAUCGAUUAGCAGCACAGUUUCAUCGUCACAAUGAAAAAUCACUUCAGCGGACGCUACGUAUCCACAAAUCGCUUCACCCGUUCUUGCCCUAUGAAAUAUUAGAUCAGAAAUUCGAAAUGGAAUUACAUUUUGGAGAUGGAAUGAAGCGACGAGCUCACUGUGUGCUACAAAUUUUUGAAUAUAAUUGUACAGUAACCUAUUUGGAUGGUAAAGUGUCUUACAGUUGUCUAGAUACAACUGAUCAUCAGGCAUGUCCGCCAUUGUUUUUCAGUCGGGUAAGGAGCUACGCUGUUCCUGAUGGUUGCGACGAAAUUUUAGUUUGA